CUCAGCUGUAGUUAGUUUCACUGUCAUAUUAGACAUUGAAGAUCUCUGAGCUUUUUUUGGAAUAACACUGAGAGGGGCAAUAUUGGUAUAAAUAAAUAGUGUAUGAAGAAGUGGCAGAAAGGUUCUUCCUGUGGUCCGCAACUACUACUGAUGGCUACUGUUCACUAGUCACUGGCACUACCAUCUCACCUCUUUCUCUUUAUUAACAAUGCACCAACAACACAAGUUUUAGCUUAUUAUGGAACUCUAAUUCAACUCAUCAACCUUUUUUUCUCUCUUAUUCCAAGAAGGAAUUGGAUGUUGUUGAUGAGAGAGGUUGAGAAAGGAUGCUAAGCCAGCUAUGGUUUGUACUGCUAAUGAUUUACAACAAUGGAAGGAUUUUCCCAAAGGUCUCAAGGUUCUUCUCCUUCAGGAAGACACUGCUUGUGCUGAUGAGAUAAGAACAAAGCUUGAGGCCAUGGACUAUAUUGUUUCUAUAUUCUGCGACGUGAAUGAAGCGUUGUCAGCAAUCUCAAAUAGACCUGAAGGCUUCCAUAUAGCCAUAGUGGAGGUGAGUUCACACAGUUGCGAGGGAGGUUUCAAAUUUCUUGAGAAUACAAAGGACUUGCCAACCAUUAUUUUUGAUACAGUGACUUCAAACAACGAUUGUCUGAACACCAUGAUGAAGUGCAUAGCGCUUGGGGCAGUGGAGUUCCUCAGCAAACCACUCUCCGAGGACAAGCUCAGAAAUAUCUGGCAGCAUGUGGUUCACAAGGCGUUCAAUGCUGGGGCAAGUGUCAAGUCUGAAUCACUGAAACCUGUCAAGGAAUCUGUAGUCUCCAUCUUGCAACUCCAAACAGACAAUGAACAGCACGAAAGUAGUGCAUCGGUUGAGUUAGAAAAAGUAUCUGGGUUUUCUGACAAUGACCCCGAGCAUUAUCCAGCUCCUUCAACCCCACAACUGAAACAGUUGGAAAGAUUACUAGACGAUGGGGAUUGCCAGGAGCAGACUAAUUGCUCCAUGGAUAAAGAAAGUGGGGAGCAUGAUGGAGAAUCUAAAUCUGUCGAAACUACUUGUGAAAAUUUGAAUGCUGAGAGUAUUCGCCAAGACCAGACUAAUUGCUCCAUGGAAAAAGAAAGUGGAGAGCAUGAUGAAGAAUCUAAAUCUGUCGAAAUUACUUGUGAAAAUUUGAAUGCUGAGAGUACUCGCCAAGAGCAGACUAAUUGCCCCACAGAUAAAGAAAGUGGAGAGCAUGAUGGAGAAUCUAAGUCUGUCGAAAUUACUUGUAAAAAUUUGAAUGCUGAAAGCACUCGAAAAUCUGAAGUUACUUUGGUUCAAAACGAAGAGGAGGAUUUUAUGGACACUUCUAAAUGUGAGAGUGUUGUUACUCCACAUCCACAAACUGUGAAGGUUCUCACCAAUACUGAAAGUAAUACUACAUCUGCAAAUAAAGUGGGCAUUCGUAAUCAUAAAUGUGAAAUAAAAGCGAAUAGAAAGAAGAUGAAAGUAGACUGGACACCAGAGCUGCACAAAAAAUUUGUGAAGGCAGUGGAACAACUAGGCAUUGAUCAUGCUAUUCCUUCUCGUAUAUUGGAUUUAAUGAAAGUGGACAGCUUAACAAGACAUAAUGUGGCAAGCCAUCUUCAGAAAUAUAGAAUGCAUAAGCGACAUAUCUUGCCGAAGCAAGAGGACCGGAAAUGGCUAUAUCAAAGAGAUCCAAUGCAGAGGGGUUAUUGUUUUCAAAGGCCAAUUAUGCCUUGUCCUCCGUCGUAUUAUUCUAACCACGCCCUUCCUCAAGCUCCUUUAUAUCCUAUGUGGGGACAAUCUGGGAGUCAAAUGGCCGGCAUGCCUAUUUGGGGGCCGUCCAGUUAUCCUGUUUGGCAGCCUACAGAAAGUUGGCACUGGCAACCAUUUCCAGGGAUGCAUUCAGAUGCUUGGGGCUGCCCCGUCUUACCACCACCUCAAGCUCAAUGCUUUUCCUACACUCAACAGAAUAUACCUGCCUUGAGCAAUGAUAAUAAUGUAAUGGAUUACACGUUUAGCACGCCCAACAGUUCCUUAGACGAUUAUCCGGAAGAGGCGAUUAUUGACAAGGUUGUGACGGAGGCAAUGAGUAAGCCAUGGCUACCUUUGCCGAUAGGCCUCAAACCGCCUUCCACGGAUAGUGUGUUGACUGAGCUUUCAAGGAAAGGCAUUUCCAGCAUCCCUCCAAGCAAUAAUAGCUGUAUUCCCAUUUGAAAUUUACAGCCAAAAACUGGUUCUGAUGGUGACAAAUUUCUAUACAAAGGGUCCACCAGAACAAGACCUGUUGUGAUUUUUAUCAGUAUCUCAAAUUUAUCGGGUUUCAUUUAGUACAUUGACUAGGAAUACGAGACUAGGGACCAUUUUGUUUUUCGAUAUUAGGUCCCCACUACCAAGUACCAACCACUUCAUACGAAAAUCCAUGAUGACACAACAACCAAGAAGUAACUACAUAGUUCUGACACUUCAUAUUAAAGGUGUGUCUGGUACAUGACGCCAAUAAAUAUGUUAGUAUCAUGGUUGUGUUUGGUGUCAAAACAAAGGAAAUGCCAAGUGGGGAACACCGAUUAGGCGUUUUGGCCGGUUGAGAAAUGGCCACACAUUUGUUGAUGCUCUCUGAAAAAUUGUGGUUGUAAAUAGAUGCUGAUAUGGUUGUAAAUGUGGCACUUUUGGGAAGCAUAAAACAGUGAUUGUUGGGGUUGUAUUUUUGGGUGAGGGAAUCUAAUAAUGGUAAGGAUAGGAACAAUGUUGUGAAUAAAAAAAGUGUUCAAAGCUUAA